AUGGGGAAGAGAAUAUCAUACCAAGGAAUUGAAAAGCAACCCGAACCAAAGUUAAUGACAAUGCAGGAAUUGAGGAAGUAUGCUCGCAAGGGAUGUGAGGUAUAUCUCUGUUUGGUGCAAGAUGCUGAGAUAGGAGAACCUGAGAUUAACCGAAUCCCAGUUGUGUGUGAAUUUCCUGACGUGUUUCCAGAUGACCUCACGGAAAUACCGCCGAAGAGGGAAGUGGAAUUUACUAUCAAUCUCAUUGAUUUACGUUCAGGGUAUCACCAAGUACGAGUCGCGAAGCAGGACAUUUCCAAAACGACGUUCCGGACUAGAUAUGGGCACUACGAAUUCACAGUCAUGCCGUUCAGAGUGACUAAUGCACCAGGAACUUUUAUGGACCUGAUGAACAUGAUUUUUCUUCCGUAUCUGGAUAAGUUCAUCGUUGUCUUUAUAGACGAAAUUCUGGUUUACUCAAAGACCCCAGAGGAGCACGAAGAACAUCUUAGAACAAUGUUACAGAUGCUGAGAGAAAAGAAACUUUUCGCAAAAUUGUCAAAAUGCGAAUUUUGGAAGGAUGAAGUAGCAUUUCUUGUUCACAUAAUCACCAAGGAAGGAAUAGUAGUGGACCCGACUAAAAUACGGGCGGUAACUGAAUGGGAAGCACCCAAAUCGGUCACCGAAAUCCGAAGUUUCUUAGAUGGCUAUGAGUUGUACACAGAUGCGUCUUACAAAGGGCUUGGAUGUGUCUUGAUGCAAGAUGGAAGGAGACUCAAUCUGGAGAUAAAAAGGUGUGGUCAGGUGGAACAAGAGGUGAAAUUAUAUUACCUGUCGGCCACUCCAAUUCUAUUUGAAGAGAUCAGACAAGCACAAGGGGAUGACGAUUGGUUAAAUAAUAUCAAGGAGAAAAUGGUUGAUGGAAAACAUGGUCCGUUUGAGUUACACCCGGAUGGGAGUGUAAGAUUCCAAGGUAGAAAGGUGAUACCUGCAAGUUAUAAGAAGAUAACGGACCAAGUAAUGAAAGAAGGUUACUAUACACCCUAUUCAGUCCAUCCUGGUGGGGACAAACUUUACAAGGACUUGAAACAAAACUUCUGGUGGUCAGGCAUGAAGAAAGACGUUGCUGAAGUUGUUGCCAGGUGUUUAAACUGUCAAAAGGUCAAAGCGGAGAGAAGUAAACCAAAGGGCUUACUACAACCAUUAGAGAUCCCUCAGUGGAAGUGGGACUCAAUCUCUAUGGAUUUUGUGGGAGGAUUACCUAGAACUAAAGCUGGAAACGUUCAAGUGUGGGUUAUCGUUGAUCGACUGACUAAAACAGCAAGGUUCAUUCCAAUGAACAAAACUUGGUCGAUGGAGAAGAUGGCGAGAGGCUACAUUAAACACGUGGUUAAAUAUCACGGGGUAGCACAUGAUAUCAUUUCAGACAGGGACUCACGAUUUCUGUCAAGAUUUUGGGAAACGUUGCAAGUGGCAACAGACACUCAACUCAAACUAAGCACAGCUUUUCAUCCUGCCACUGAUGGCCAAACAGAGCGAACGAUACAAACAUUGGAAGAUAUGCUCAGAGGUUGUGUACUUGACUUUCAGGGUUCAUGGGAUGAGCAGUUGGAUCUAACAGAAUUUUCAUAUAACAAUAGAUAUCAUACGAGUAUAGGAAUGGCUCCUUAUGAAGCAUUGUAUGGGCGGAAAUGUCGAAGUCCUCUAUGUUGGAGCGACAAAAGUGAUGUUGUCAUUCUUGGACCUCAAUACUUACAAGAGACUACUGAGGCAAUCAAGGUAGGGUCUCAACCAAUGGGUAAAGUUAUCAAGCUCUCCAAUGUCUAUAUUGCAAAACAUUUGUUUAGUUUGGAGUGA